AUGGCUGUAAGUUGUAUUUGUCUUGAAAAGAAGGUCAAGUCAUAUGCCAGAGGAGCCCUCCAGUAUGAGUCCUUCCCGGCGGCGGCCAAUCACAACUUCCGGUGCUGUGGUCUAGUAUCCCACCGGGAAAAUACGGUGCAGAAGUCCAAUAGCAAAAAUGUCUCAUCGAUUUCUGUGUUGGCCACAGCAGGAUAUAACACAGGAAUUAAGCAGCAACUUGGGAGUGUAUAUGAACCACGCACAGUGGUGCCAAGCAACCUGAUUACCGGUGUAGAAAUGCUAUCCCGUUUCAGGAAAUUAAGCGUCACCGGGCCCUGUACGGAGUACUCCGUUCUCCGUAGUCGACUGUCUACCUAG